CGGGAUACCAGGGACUGCCGUCGUCCAGGUCACCAACCUGUCCUCGGCUGUGAGCAGCGAGCAGAUGCGCACUCUGUUCGGUUUCCUGGGAGACAUCGAGGAGCUGCGGCUAUACCCGCCCGACAAUGCCCCUCUGUCUUUCUCCUCCAAAGUGUGCUAUAUAAAGUACCGAGACCCCUCCAGUGUUGGUGUGGCCCAACAUCUCACCAAUACAGUUUUUAUUGACAGAGCUUUGAUAGUAGUGCCAUGUGCGGAAGAUGACUAGACUGGCCCAGCUGUUACACUACACUAGCCUGAGUCAGGCAUUGUUUUCCAAGCCACUAUCCCCGAUCGGGCCAACGCAGCCUUCAAGGGGGAAUGUGACCAGGAGAAUAGCCUGCUGAACCUUCCAAGAUGGACACCUUGUCUCUUUUUUUUUAAUUUAUUUUUUCUUUUGGUUUGUUUCCUUUCAUACUUUCCCAUGUUGUCUACUGUCUCUAUCUAGAAACUACAGUAUUGCUUAUCUCUAGCUUUGUGUUUAUAUUUGUUAUUUUUGGUUUGUUGUUUUGAUUAUUGUCCAACCCCCCACCCCCCUCUCUCUUUCUGCUACAGCUGCAGCUUGUGUGUGAUUGAAUUCUGUCCAGGUUGCUACGGCAUACCGGUGGGAUGUGUAUCACACAUGGGAUGCUAAGAGGAUCACUAACACUUUACUCUCUUGUCACCUACUCCUGUUGUCAUAGUGAGGGGCUAGACAUUAUAAAAGUGAGAUCCAGUAGAAUGUUUUAAAUUCUAUUUGCGCUUUUCACCUGUGCUGAAAUCUGUAGUAAAAGGUUUUUUUUUCCUCACAUUACAGCUCUGGUAUGGAUGUUUAGUAUUUAAUAACAACAGUCACUCUCCAUUCAACAUCAUUUUCUCUUUUAACUUAGAAAUGCAUGACACAUGCAUUAAUACUUUGCGCCGUUAUUUUAUAUAUGUUCUACAAUAACUUUUCAAAUGGUAAUUCAUGCUCAGUGCCUCCAGCUGUAAUGAACUGAAUUUGUAGUUAUUUUGUUUCUUAUUCGUCUUAACGUAGCUCUCUUCUCCAGCUAUAAAAAGCAGCAGACUUUAAUGGAAUGAGCAAACUUCCUAAUUGGUUGAAUUUAUAGCAAAGGCUUGGAUAACAUUUCCUACAGUUCUUAAAAUUGUUGUUCUUUUCUGUAUCUGAUGUCCUGUGUGCUAUUAGUGAUGCAGCCAUUGGGGUUAUCUUGUGUUGCACACCUUUCCAACACUGCGAAAACGAUCGCCCCACGGAAAAGCGCCCAUGCUUGAUAUCGUAUGGUUCAUGACCAAUAUGUUUCCAGUACAGGGAAAAUCCCAGAAGAGGCCAAAGCUUUGUCACUUUUGGCACCUGCCACCCCAGUACCCAGUCUGAUUCCUGGAGGGGGACUGCUACCAAUUCCUACUCCAGCGCCGCUUCAGAAUCUGAACCUUCCCGUAGUGAAUCGGCUGUCGGCUGCUCUGGACCCCACAGCAUCAUUGCUCUCCCAGCCCCCCCUCAUGGGAAAUGUGGAUCCCUCAAAAGUCGAUGAGAUCAGGAGGACCGUUUAUGUUGGCAACUUGAACUCACAGACCACCACUGCAGACCAACUGUUGGAGUUCUUCAAGCAGGUGGGAGAUGUGAAGUUUGUGCGAAUGGCUGGAGAUGAGACUCAGCCGACACGCUUCGCCUUCGUAGAGUUUGUUGAGCAGGAUUCCGUCGUCAGAGCCCUGACCUUCAACGGAAUCAUGUUCGGAGACCGACCCCUGAAGGUUAAUCAUUCCAAUAACGCCAUAGUAAAACCCCCAGAGAUGACGCCGCAGGCUGCUGCUAAGGAGCUAGAAAGUGUGAUGAAGAGGGUGAGAGAAGCCCAGAAUACCAUUGCUGCUGCCAUAGAACCAGCGGACAUAAAGAAGCUUUCUUCCAGUCGGUCUAUAAGGUCACGCCGGUCACGAUCGCGCUCACGCUCCCGCUCACACUCGAGAACGCACAGGAAAAGGUCCCGUUCGAAACACAGCAGACCGGUGCCAAAGUUGUGUCCGAGGAAUGACUCCCACAAUUCCCGAAGCAGCCACAAGAGGCGUUCUCGCUCCAGAGACAAGAGACGCAGUCGUAGUCGCUCUAGGGCUCACAGGAGGAAGAGUAGGGAUCGGUCCUGGAGCCCACGGAGGAAAGUCAGAUCACCCUCACCAAAAAGAGGUAAGAAAGACAAGAGGAGGGAGCGCAGCAGGGAAAGAAAGGGCCGCUCUACAUCCAGGAAGAGGAGCCGCAAGGACGAGGACAGGCUAAAGAGCAGGGCCAAGCCAAUGAAGGUGCAAAGGGACUAUGACAGAGAAGAAAAGGACGACUAUGUAAGUGACAGAGAAGACUCCGUCACACUCAGCGAGGACAGGAUGUCAUCACCCUGCACCCAGCAUAACGGCAGCUACAAGACUCACAAUGAGUAUGCGUCAAUGGGCGCAGAACGCACCAAGUGACUUUUACGUCACUAUGAAAAAAAACUAAUCCCGCUGCAUCAAAUGAUCUCAGCGCCCAUCACGUGCGUAUACACUCAUCAACACCAGAUAACCACUCACAACAGCGCGUUUUUCCUCGCCAUCACCUGAUUUCUACAGCACAUUCUUGGCAACACAUGGAUCCUGUCAUUCAGCUAAUUUUCCCACUCAAAGGGCAAGUGAGCACUCGGUACAACAGAGAUAGCCCCACCUUUCCUGUUACCAAGGAAGCCGAAGAUUUUGGGACUUGCAGAAGGUGCACGAUAUAAUGGAAAAUAACAGAACACUAAAUACUACAGGCUCAGAAAAUCCCAUAAAGUUGAGUCGACACCUCAUCAAUAACUUCCUAAACACAAGGCUGUCAUAUUGUCAUAUCACAAUAAGAUAUUGUGUCCACCUCCUGUAUGUGUUAAUUACAUAAAUAACUUUUAUUCUUUCUGUAUAGACCUUUUCAACAGCCUGGCCCCUUUAGGUUAACUUCCUGUCAGUUGAUUUAUUCACAUAGACUGCAACCCGGAAAUCAACUUGGGGCCAUUUAGAAUGUUUAUGUUUACAACUUUGAAAUGGUCUAUAGAUGCUAAAGCUGUCACGUGCAUGCCUGAAGCAGCUGCAGAGCUUUUAAAUAACUCCUUGUAGUCCGUCACAUGAAAGACCAGCCUCAGAGGAGACCGUUUCAGGCAGAGAUCCCACAAGAAGAGCAGAGUUAAUACUUAUUCAACAAUUUGAAGCCAGAUUUCAAUUAUGGAUUGGUCCCUUGUUACAUGGAUAUUGCCUGAUGAAAAGCACCACAUUUUGCUCUCCAUUUCUCCUGUGACAUCUUGACCACACACUUAAAUAGGCUUUUGAUGCAUCUAAGAUUAUCAAUAUUUGUCAUACUGUAGUAUGUAUGCCAUUUCCUUAAAGAAAUGCAGCAACAAUCUGCGUUAACAGUUUUGGAACUGCUUGAGAUUGGAAAGUUUUUCAGUGGUAGAGAGUUUUUAAAAUCUUUUCCUUUAUGGCUGGUGUGUGAGACUCAGUUGAAAAGUGGGGCUCUCAAAUUAAUCAGUAACACACACUAUGGUCGCAUCGCCAGACCUAUCUCCGCAGCGCUGGAGUGAGGUCUGGCUACCCCGCUUAUCUAUUCUGGGAUGGGGGAUAAAAACAUUCUGGCUUGUUUGUAUUUUAAAAUAAUUACAACAGCAUGCAGCAACAGUGCCCUUGCAAAAUUAAUACCUGAGGGGAGGUACGAGCUGGAUGAUAAGCUUUAUCUCAGCACUAUACCUCCGGUGAGCCAGACUAGUAAUACACAAAGAGGUUAGCUGCAGAAAAGUGAGGCAAUUUAAUCUGCUCUAUCUGUGCAGUGUGCACAGAUGCAGGCACUCAAAGGCAAAAAAAAAAGGCUUUGACUGUCAGAUAAUCUAGAUUGCAACACAUUUUUAAACUUGGCACACUUCUUCUUCAGACAGCAUUUAAUACAAAGUAUUACAGUUUUAACACAAUCACUGCAUUAAAUCCUUAUUAUUCUGUAAUGUCCAACCACAACUGUCUUGAAGCCCCCAGUUGAAUCAUCAGUUUCUCAUAUGACUUUUCAUUUAUCAUAUAGCCAGGCUUUGCAGGUUUGCAUCAGUUGCAUUUGCAAAACAAACAAAAAUAUGAUUAUAGUAUAAUCCAGGCCAUUGUCAUGUUAGGUUCUGUAUUUAGAUUUGCUGAUCACUAACACACCAAAAAACAGAACCAACAAGGUCCGCACCAACUAAACCAGAUACUUUUAUUGGGCCACCUGAAAUGUUAAAAAAAAAAUUGUGACAUAUGUCAUUAUUGACAAAGAUUUGUGACAUAUGUCGUUAUCGACACCUUGUGAGGUGAUAUAUAAGCUUGCCUCUCUGACUGCGGUCUCAUGGGGUGUAACUGUUUUUCCUCUUUAUUCUGCUGCUCUGGCCUUGGUGUGGCCGUGACAGCAACAUCCCAUAUUCUCUUUGCUUGUUUACUGAGUGAGACAAAUAUUGAAUACAUGUUUCUUCUAGGUGUAAGAACAUGAGUGCUAGAAUAAAAAAAAAAAAAAAAGCUCAUUUGCCCUUUGUGUGGUGUUAAAGGGACAUUUAACCAGGUCUUUGAAGAGUCCUUUAUUCCCCGUUCGGCACCAUUUUUUCUCCGUUAUGGGAACUGGGACGACCUGCAAAAUGUACGCUGUUGAUUUUAAGACUUGAAGUGCUGUAAUUAUGUGAAUGCACAGUGGUAUUUUACGGUUUCUGUGUUGCUAAUAUAUUGUUUUUAAAAGAUGCAUUGCUCAUUUGGUCAACAUUAAUACAUUGCUUUUGUUUUUUUGUUGUAUGGGUGUACAUGUUCUUGUAUUUUUAUAUUUCUGAUUAGUCGCAACAAUGUAUCAUGUUCCUUUUCCGGCUACUGUUGUAAUGCUGUGAGAUAAAAAAUUAACUGUUUUUAUAAAUACAAAACAAGCCUAUACUGUAAAAAACAAUUAUGCUGGUGUGGAAAAUGUCUGUCGGCUCAUAUUGCUCAAGAAAGUAAGAUGCAAACAAUGUGCUGCCCACAGUGGCAGUCUACAUAUCUCACACGUCAACUAACUGCUUGCAAGCACAGAAGGGUAAAAAAAAAAGUGCCUAGACUAAGAUUGUACAGAGUAUUCUAAUAAAAUAUGGAGACUUAUUGACAGAUGCAACCCAAAUUUAUUGUUUAGGAUGUUAAAUAGCUAAAACUAAUGAAAUGUUCUCUUUAAGUAUUGUCAGCUGCCUUUAGUAAUUAAUAGUGGGUUAAACAUUCAUGGGACUUUUGUUGUUUAUUAUUAUUAGUACAUCAUUUGUUUUUCUGUAAUUUUUAGUGUUGCAGUUUCAGUUUGCUGUAUUGUGAUUGUGUCAAAUAUGUGUCUGCAAACUAGCCCCAGUUUGAGAUCAGUAUUUUUUUUUAAGUUUCUAGGAAAGCUUGUUAUAUGUUACUAUUAAGGAGAGUAAAUUUAAGGAGACUUAAAUUCCACUUCUAUGGCUUUUACAAACCUAAUUUAAAAGUUUUUUUUUUUUUUUUUUAUGUACACAAUGCUUCAGUUUGAAGUGGUGAACUCGUGAUAAAGUUUAGUACAAAAGCAUUUCCAACCCAACUGACAGUAUAUAAAGAAUUGUAUUUUUUAUAUCCAUGUAUCCACUAUGUACGGUAAAUACUGUAGAAAUGAUUCAUAGUUUGCUCCUGGGGGGGGUUGGGCACUCAAUAUCUGUGUUAGGGACUGGAUGUAAAGGUUUGGUAACACUGGUUUUGAAGAGCUUGGGUGUAUAUAUGUACGUUGUCCUUAGUUGGAAGAUACAUCUGAUCUGUUUCCAUAAACCACUCAAUAAAGACACUUUUCAUUUA